AUGUCUAAUAAAGGAGUUACCAAACCUGACAAUGCGGCAUCCACAUCAUUAAAAGCUAGGAGUAGCAAGAAAAACCAGGUAUUCAAGGCUUUGCUUGAUAACCCUUACACGCAGUCGAAUACCUGGCCCUUUGUGACGCCAUCAGUAGCAAAGGAUCUACUAGAUUUGAUGGAUGCUAUACUUUGUCCUAUUGUUCAAGAAGCAAUUAAAAUUGAACGAAUAAAAUGGCUAUAUUACGGCUUUAAUUCAACGGUGGAAACUUUGGAGAGACAGGCAGCAAAUAAUAGAGGCAAGCACAAGGACUCCGUGAGACAGAUAAAAUACCUCAUCGUGUGCAAAUAUGACAUUACGCCACAGUUACUUACAAGCAUGUUCCCCACAUUGUGCUUCACUGCAUCAAAGAGUUCAUCUGACAUGGUAAAGUUGGUUCAGUUACCAAAGGGUAGCAUGGAGAGACUUUCAAAUAUAAUAGGUGUCGCAAACACGGGUAUUUUGGGGUUACCUGGUGAUGUAGAGUUGGCGGAGCCCAUUUACAAGCUUAUUGACGAAAACGUUAAAGAUAUAGAAAUUUCCUGGUUGAGUAAUAUAUUUGACUCCCCUGGCAUUUUUUAUCAGCCACAAGUUAAACAGCUACAAGUGAAAACGCCUCAGGGUAAGAAGAAGAAAAACUCAAAGUCUAUAGAUGCGAAUAAAUCGAACGCGUAA